AGAGACAGAAAGUGCAUGGGAAGGGAAUGAAAAAGCGAUGACGGUGAAGGCGUCAAGGUCAAAGUACAGAGGGUGCUGCUGGUUAAAAUGGACGGUGGCGGUGACGGUGUUCCUGGCGUUGGCGAUAGUGGUAUGGCCGUGGAAUCCAGAACUGAGGAUCGAACGGCUGAACGUGAAGCGCGUGAAAGUGCACCCUCUGCCGCCGGUGGGUGCUGACGUGUUCAUAGCGCUGUCGGUGAGAGUGCAGAACCGCGGCAUGUACUGGCUGGAGCUGACGGAUGUUGACGUGGGAGUGAAGUACAGAGGGAAGAAGAUGGGGCACGUGGAAUCGGAGGGGUGGCGCGUGAGGGGUUGGGGCACCACCCUUGUGGAGGGUGACCUCGAAUUCAGUGGCCUUCCCUCCUCCGAAGUGGCCCAUUUGCUUGAGGACCUCGCCAAGGGUAGAGUCUACUUUCACACUGUUGUCGAAGUCUCUGGACAAAUUGGCUUUCUCUUAACUCCCAUCCCUUAUUUGUUCAAGACAAUACUGGCAUGUGAGGUUUUGGUGAAUACAAAAAACCAUUCAAUUAUUCUUCAACACUGUAUGCACAAGGACUAACCACAAACACUCUGCAAUCAUGGGGUGAAGGGUCAGAAGAUGUUAGUCUUCCUUGACAUGUGUGCAUGCAUGCAUAAAUUAUAAUUCAAGCUUGGAUGGAUCAAUGGGAAGUGCCACAAUGUCCACAUAUUUUAAGAUGAUAUAUUAUUAUUUGGAGCUGGUACCAGAAUUGCAACUUGCAAUGAUUGUAUUAUUGUGAUCAAUGUUGUAACAUGAGUUAUGCUAUGUUUUUCACUUUUUUUAACAACCUUUAAAAGAAGGUAUUAAAUAAAAUAAAAUAUU